AUGACGACGAUUGGAAAAAUUGAUGUUUUUGAUGAAACCCAAGAAAGCUGGGAGACGUAUGUCGAACGAGUACAACAUUUUUUCGCUGCAAACGAUGUCGACGACAAUCAUCAAGUGCCAACUCUGCUGAGUUUGAUUGGAAGCAAAACGUAUUCAUUAUUAAAGGAUUUACUUUUGCCAGAAAAGCCUGCAGACAAGAACUUUGAUGAAAUAGUAAGUACAUUACAGAAGCAUUUAAAUCCUAAACCACUAGAAAUAGCCGAACGGUUUCGUUUUUAUAAGAGAAAUCAGCAAGAAGGGGAGAGCAUUUUAAGUUAUAUAGCUGAGUUAAAGAAAUUAACCACACAUUGCAAUUUUGGAAGUAACUUGGAAGAAACAUUGCGCGACAGAUUGGUGUGUGGAUUAAGUAAUCAGCAAAUUCAGAAACGUCUCCUUGCAGAGUCAAAAUUAAAAUUCUCCAAAGCUGUUGACAUAGCAGUUGCUAUGGAAACAGCCACUCGAGAUCCUACAGAGUUCCACAGCAAGGGUAGAGAAGAAAAACCUCUUGGUCUUGACAAACUGACACUGAACAGACCCUCGAAUAGAUCAGAUAGUGGCCCACCUUCCACUGUAGUGUGUUAUCGAUGUGGAGCUAAUACCCAUGUUGCAACUGAGUGUAGAUUUAAGAAAGAAGUCUGUCACAAGUGUGGAAAGAGAGGUCAUAUUCAAAGAGCUUGCCGGGCACAACAAAGCCAGGGGCCCGGUAGACCCUCGCCCAGAUCAAGAUACCAGAAAUCGAGCAAUGCCAUAGAGACCGAACCAGAUGAGUAUGGACACUUGUUGAAUAUCCUAGAAGUUCAUAAUGUAAACAAAUCAAAUAGUGAUGUCAUAUGGGUUGACGUGAAAGUUGAAAAUCAACCACUAUCCAUGGAACUAGACACAGGAUCGGCCGUGUCCAUUUUGCCAUAUGACAUGUUCUUGGAAAGAUUCCGCGACAAGAAGUUAGAGAAAACAACCACUGCACUAAAGACCUAUACUGGUGAACUGAUCUUUCCAGUUGGCCAUCGUUUCCUUACCAUGCAAGUUGAAUACUUAGAUCAGUCAUGUCUAUUGCAAUUCCAUGUAGUCCAGACUAAGGGUCCAGUGUUAAUGGUUCGAUUCGAGAUUGGCUUCACAAGCUUCGCCUCAACUGGAAAACCAUUAAGUUGUUGAAAUCCUCAGAUUCCAGCCAUAGAAACCCUGGCACGACUACACAAGAGAAGCUGAAAAACCUAUUGGAUACGUAUGCAGAGGUUUUUGAAGCCAAACUGGGAACUUUCAAAUCUGCCAAAUUAAAAGCAAGGAUAACCUUCAAAGAAGGUAGUCAACCACAGUUUCGCAAAGCUCGUCAGGUCCCAUAUUCCUUACGACCGAAAGUGGAGGAAGAACUGAAGAGACUUCAGAGCGAAGGUAUUUUUUUAGAAAGAUAUUUUUUUUAGAGUGGAGUGAUUGGGCGACACCGAUUGUACCAGUGCCGAAACAAGAUGGUUCAGUCCGUAUUUGUGGUGACUUCAAAGGUACUAUUAACCCAACACUACAAGCAGAACAGUAUCCUCUGCCUCGAAUCGAAGAUAUCUUUGCCCAUUUAGCUGGUAGGAAAAAGUUUUCCAAGAUCGACUUCCGCCAAGCUUACCAUCAGAUUGAGCUGGAGGAAGAAUCCAAGAAGCCCCUUACAAUUAAUACGUCCAUGGGCUUGUUUGAAUACAUUCGAUUGGUGUUUGGUAUUACCUCAGCUCCCGGCAUUUGGCAGCGUACCAUGGAUCAGAUUCUGGAAGGAACUUCUGGGUAUUAGUUGUAUCCUAGAUGAUAUGAUUGUGACGGGUAAAAGCGACGCAGAGCAUAUGGCUAACCUGGAGGAGGUCAUUCGACGGCUGCACCACCAUGGGUUAAGAGCCAAUAAAUCGAAGUGUGAGUUCUUCAAAGAAAAGAUCACGUUCUGUGGCCACGACAUUAAUAGUAAAGGCCUGCACAGGACCACCGACAAGACAGCUGCAAUGGUGAAUGCCCCUCGCCCCCAGAGUGUUGCAGAG